AUGGCGGAGAAACGCUAUUCUGGGGCCCCGGGCUCGCCAGUGGUGGUAGGCAAGAUGAACAGUCAAGAGGCCGACUCUGAUGACCGCCAUGCAAAGCCUCAGCACAUCGAAGAUGGUACCAUGGCCAAAGAGUCGGACCACCUGAAACGUGCCCUUUCUGCUCGCCAGGUGCAAAUGAUUGCCAUUGGCGGCACAAUUGGCACAGGCUUGUUCUUGGGCACGGGAAAGUCAUUGGCCACUGGUGGUCCGGCGUCACUGCUGAUUUGCUACGCCAUCACGGGUGCCAUUGUCUUUAUUACCAUGCUGAGUCUGGGCGAGAUGGCGGCCUUUAUCCCUAUCGCUGGUAGCUUCUGUUCCUUUGCUGGGCGAUUUGUCGAUGACGCCUUUGGCUUUGCGCUGACGUGGAACUAUUGGUUCAACGACGCUGUAUCCACGGCCGCGGACCUGGUUGCGCUGCAGCUGAUCUUGGAGUACUGGACAACAAACUUUCCUGGAUGGGCGCUGAGUUUGAUUUUCUGGGUUGUUCUAAUCGCUGUGAAUAUAAUCACUGUCAGGGCAUAUGGCGAGCUGGAGUACUGGCUCAGCCUUCUCAAAGUCAUUGCCAUCAUUGUCUUUAUUGUAAUGGGCAUCGUCGUCAAUUGUGGUGGCAACCGCGACGGCCACUAUAUUGGUGGCGAGAACUGGCAUAUCCCCGGUGCUCCUUUUGUCGGCGGCAUCGGUGGCUUUGCCUCGGUUUUUGUGACGGCUUCCUUUGCCUAUGGUGGCACCGAGUCCAUUGCCAUUACAGCCGGAGAGACCAAGAACCCGACCAAGAACCUGCCCCGCGUGGUAAAGAAUGUCUUUUGGCGGAUUCUUCUCUUCUAUAUCCUCUCUGUUCUCCUCAUUGGUCUGAAUGUGCCAUACAACUACCCCAAUCUCAGCAGCAAGAAAACCAGCACGUCCCCCUUCACGAUUGUCUUUGAAAUGACGGGCGCGCACGCUGCUGGAAGCGUCAUCAAUGCCGUUAUCCUCACCUCUGUUCUGUCGGCGGGCAAUCACGCCCUCUUUGCCGGAGUGCGAUUGCUGUAUACACUGGCAAUGGAAGGCCAUGCGCCUCGAGUCUUUGGCAAGCUGAACAGAAAUCAAGUUCCAUGGGUGUCUGUGCUAGCUACAAGCUUAGUUGCCGGGCUAUGCUUUGGUUCAAGUUUCAUUGGCGCUGGUCAACUUUGGUCGUGGCUGCAAAAUCUGGUCGGUGUUUCCAAUCAACUGUCUUGGAUCGCAAUUGGCGUGGCCUCGAUCCGAUUCCGAGCCGGCCUUGAGCGCCAAGGCAAGACGCAUCUCCUCCCCUUCAAGAACUGGACAUACCCCUACGGACCCUGGCUGUCCGUUUUUCUCAACAGUUUCCUGGUACUCGUCCAAGGGUGGAGCUGCUUCAGCCCUGAAUUUGAUGCGGUUAGCUUUGUCAGCUUCUACAUCGAACUGCCCGUCAUGUUGAUCAUGUAUCUGGGCUGGAAACUGAUCAAGAAGACUAAAUGGGUUAAAUUGGACGACAUGGAUCUCGUCACCGAUGUACACACAGCGGACGAGGCGGAAUCGGAGACGAAGAAAGGGUGGCAGUCCAAGACGAGGAGGGUACUCAAUUGGAUCUUUUGA